CAAACAAAAAAGAUAACUGCAUGAUUCCAUUUAUAUGACAUUCCAGAAGAGGCAAAGCUAUGGAGACAGAAAAAAGGUCACCAAGGUCUUGGAGUGGGGAAUGGGGCUGACUGCAAAAGGACCUGGAAGAAUUUGGGGGCGGUGCUGGAACUGUUCUGUAUCUUGAAUAUAGUGGUGGUUAUACAACUGUAUGCAUUUGUCAAAAUUCACAGAACUGUACUCUAAAAAGGAUCAAUUAUAAUUGUACUUCAAAAGCGAUGGAUAGAAAUCUGGGAAGUUGCUAUGGUUUAUUAUACUAUUUUGUAGAAUGGUGGUUUCUCUGGAGCAGGAGUAAAUGGAUUCAAAUCCUGCCUCCACUACUUACUAGCUGUGUGACCGAAGGCCAAUUAACAUAUUUCUUUGUGCUUCAAUUUUCUCAUCAGGAAAAUAAGAUUUAGAAUAGUACUUACCUCAUAAGCUUUGUCAUGUACAAUAAAUUAAUUAAAAUAUGUCAACUACUCAGAAGAUUUCUUGGCAUUUAGUAAUAAUUCAAUAAAUACUAGCUAUUAUUUAUGGUAUGUACUAAGUAGUAAAUAUCAGAAGAAGCACUUACAUUAGCAUGUCGAAGGAAUGUACAAAAAACUCUAUCCCAUACGUUUUAAUGCACUGCGAGUGGAAGGACCUGCCUUCCUUAAUGAAGCCACUUUGCCCUCCAUGGACAUGUCUUUGUCAUCCAGAAUCAUGCAGUCAAACACUGAUUUAGUUAGCUCUUUUAUUCUCAAUUAUCUCCUUGCUGAUAUUACAUUUCUCUAUAAAUAUCUGGAGAUAGGCUUUUAUGCCCUUGCUAUCUGUGAUAAUGGCUUUGAAUUCCACUUAGGGCACAGAGGAGUGGAGUAAUGGCCACUUGUGUUCCCUCCCACUCUCAUCAUUCUAUAGGGCAUUUGCCACUCACAUUCUGUAAUUGAGACAUUUAAAUCAUACAAAUAGUGCUGCCCGUGAACGACAGAGGAAAGUUCUAAAACUUCUUUUUAACCUGAUGGGGAGAGAUUAAACUACACAGAAACAUAAAACACAUUAUCUCCUUUCGGGGGAGAUGUAUUUUCUUACUUGAAAUGUUUGUCUGUGUUACUUAGACUGGAAGAUUUCUUGAAUGAAUUCCAUUCUGUCUUUCAUGUCUAUAGCCCCAAGUUUGGUGUCCUUGCUCUAAAAGUAAUAGUACUUUUCUCUCCAUGACUUUCGAAGAUGACUAUUGGUUUAAUGACUAGCGUGCUGCCAUCUUGGCUUGUUUAUCUCAUCUUAUUUCCAUGUAUUUUAUGUGGAUUAAUGUCUGAUGACAUCCUUUGGGGGAUAUUAAAUAUUCUAAGUAUAUUUCCUCUGUUAUUUUCUCUAAGUGAAACAAAGACGGACUAACUUCAGAACGUUUUUGCUGUCUUGGCAGAGAGCCGAACUCUUAAGUGAUUAAACUUGUUUACAUACUGUUUAUUCUCGUUGUAUUAUUCGCAGCGACAGUGAAACAUUUCAUGAGUGUUAUGGGCAGCAUCAUAAAAGCCUUUAGACUUUGUCUCUCAUUCAGAGUGAUUAAGGUAAUUCUGAAGGAAGGUCGUGCUCAAGGAGAGCUGGGAUAUCAAGGAAUGGGGUAUCAUCUGUUUUAUUACUCCAUAUUUUACUCCCAGUGAACUGGUAAACAAUUAAAAUUCAAACACAUCAGUGCAUAUAAUUCAGUUACUCCCCAAAACAUCAUAAAAAUGUCUCCCUGAUCAAUAAUUGCUGAUUAUGACAUGCAUUUGUUGUGCUGGCUGUCAAGGUGCUUCGCUGUUUGCUUUCUAAAGUGUGAAAAGCAAGCCAGGCUCAUCAGCCUAUGCAGGAACAAAGAGCAGCCCGGCUGCAGAUAUCACUGAGCCAGUCUCAACCCGUGUGCACGGACUCCUUCCCCACUGACCCAGACACACUAAGGCUCUGCCCAGGCUCUGUUCACACGUGCCAGGCUGCCCCAGGCUGGGACGACCUCCUCAUACCGUGUGGGUUCUGACUCCCCAUGCCAGGACCAUCCUUUUUAAAUGAAGGUCCUCCUCAGCCUGUUUGGGCUCCAGCGUCUCAUUCUGGGCCUCGCUGCUAGGUGCCCCCCCCCCCCCCCCCCCCGCCGUGAGGCACAGCAUGGAUGGCUGCCUUGUUCUGGGGCACCUCAGGAUGCUAGCACCAGGUUGUACAGGAACGAGGGGAAGGAAAGGGGAGACGGGGUAAGAAAGUGAAGAUAAAGAAAAGAGGAAAAGAAAUGAACAUAUAUUAUUUCUAAUCCUCACUGUGGGCCCUCAAAAUGAGCAACAUUUUGCCCCCUUUCACCCUUGAGGAAGCUGUGGCUCGGAGAGAUUAAGUCACUUGCCCAAGGGCUCUUAGCUAGGACGUAAGGAGCCAGCAUCUGAACCCAGGUCCUUCUGGCUCUACAGCCCCGAUUCUGUCUGCUCCACCACACUGCCUUGAAAGAGAAUGCUCCCAGAAUAUGUUUGGCCUUUGGAUUGUCUUCAAGUGUGUAAGAAUAGUGUUUGAAGAAAAGGAAUACAGUUCUGGGAAGCAACAGUGUUCAUUUCAUGAAGGUGGCUUUUCUAGCAGUUGGCCUGCUUCCCCGUCCUCCUCCUGUCUGCACAUAGGCUCAGCAGGAGCUCGGCUGCCUUUGACUCAGUCGCCAGGGCCUGGUAAUGAGGCUGGGACUCUACUCUCUUGUAGCCAGUGGCACUGAGCCAGCAGUCGCGCUACCUACCAGUGGUAGCUCUCUCUGCGGCCAGCACUUCUGGAAUGAGUCAUUUCUCCAUGCUUGCCAACCCUCGUCUUCUCCACAGCCAGCCUCACCCUCACUGCUGUGAGGGAGCUUUGCAACUUUCUGAGAAUUUAAAACGGGGAAGUAGAUGCUAAAUCUAGUAUGAGGAAGGGGAGAGAAGCUUGCUCUGCUUUCAAACACACGGUCACGGAAGAUGCUAGUCUUAAUGCUUUCCCUAGCAAAAACCCUGAAGGCCGGCAUAUCUAUCAGGUUAAAGUGUAUAUAUUGUGAAAUAAACUUUUAAUAUUAUCCCAUUACUAACUUGUUUAAUGCCCAUUUGUCACUGGCUGUGGGGUGCAAACAUUCUAAAAAUGGAAGGCAGAAAAGAUAGCAAGCAUGCAUUUGCAAAAGAUAGCCAAGGAAACCAAAUAAAUUUCAGGUCCCUAAAAGUUAAGCGUCUUUUAAGUUUUUCAGAUCUAGUGUAUAAACUUUUUACCAUGAAUCUUAAAGCUGGGGAUAACUUCUUGGCAUUCACUUCAUGUCCGUGCCUGACCCUGUGAAGAAACAGAGGUGUAGAGAGAGAAGUAACUUGAGGAUGAUGGAAGCAGGUGUGAUGUGUGUGUGUGUGUGUCUAUGUGCGUGUGUGUCUCUGUGUGUGUGAGAUGUUCACUUGUAAGUAAACACUAUUGGAAAUAGGUACAGUUUACUGUCAGACAAAAAAUAAAGCUAAAGCAGAUAUAGUUCUGGUCACUAAGGCUGCCACUCUAAAGGUCUUAAGCUAGGUUACUUCCUAAUUUUUAUUUCUGUGGCCUAAGAAGGUUUCCUUGUUAACAGCCACGUGAUAUUGAACCUUUGACAUUAAUACCUUUUGCAGGUCCUAAAACAGGCAAAGGGUAAAUACCAAAAUGUGAAAUUUGAAUUUUUACUCACUGAUUUGAUCUUAGAAUGAAUGCAUGUUAGGUGAUUUCUUUGGUAAUAUUUCCCCUUACGAUUGGAAUUAUCAGGAAAAAUAAACACAGAUUCAGUGUGUUGUUAUUUGGGGUAGUAUAAUUUAGGCCACAACCUCCUAUUUGCCUAUGUGUGACACUACUUUGAUUUGGUUUCCCUCUCCUCCCCCAGUGUCAGAUCACAAUCACACACAGCAUUUUUUUUCUUUAAGCCCUUAGAGAGAGUCCAGAAUCAGACAUUUUAUAGAAUGCCUUUAGGAAAGCCUGCCCACACAGCACACAUAUACACAUUGCUGCCUAAAUGUACAUGAGUGAGGAUAACUUUUAAGAAAUUAGCAGGCUUGGGUUCCGGGUCGUAGCGCGCUCGGGGCAACAGGGCUGCUGCUGGGCGGGCCGGCAGCGGCGAGCAGCAGGGGCAUGAGGGUGAACCCGGGAAGCGGAAGCUGAGCAGGCCUGGAGGAACGCCGGUCCCCUGGAUCCCAAGAGUGCAGAGCUCGGGGCAGGGGCCGGGAGGCGUGGGGGAGCCGGGCCCUCCCCUCAGGAACGUGUCCCGGGGCCGACCCGGCCCGUAGUGUGGAAGCAGCUUCAGGUAGGUGAGCUCGUGAAACAAUAUGAAGAGGAGAAAAUAGCCUUUUAAGGAAAUUGGCCCACAGAAAGGAUGGCCUUCUUGGACAAUCCAACUAUCAUUCUAGCUCAUAUUCGACAGUCACAUGUGACCAGUGAUGACACGGGAAUGUGUGAGAUGGUUCUCAUUGAUCAUGAUGUUGACCUAGAGAAGAUUCAUCCUCCUUCAAUGCCUGGAGACAGUGGGUCAGAAAUUCAGGGAAGCAAUGGUGAGACUCAGGGCUAUAUAUAUGCCCAGUCAGUCGAUAUUACCUCAAGUUGGGACUUUGGUAUUAGAAGACGCUCAAACACAGCUCAAAGAUUAGAGUGACUCUGAAAAGAGAGACAAAACCAGAUCAAAUGCAAAAAUAUUCAGUGGAAAGAAAGAAAUUCUAAGCAAUCAGCCCAGGAGUUAAAGUCACUGUUUGAAAAAAAGUCCCUCAAAGAGAAGCCUCCAAGUUCUGGAAAGCAGUCAAUAUUAUCUGUACGUCUGGAGCAGUGCCCUCUGCAGUUGAAUAACCUCUUUAAUGAGUAUUCCAAAUUUGAUGGCAAGGGUCAUGUCGGUACAACAGCAACCAAGAAGAUCGAUGUCUACCUCCCCCUGCACUCAAGCCAGGACAGACUGCUGCCAAUGACCUUGGUGACAAUGGCCAGUGCCAGGGUGCAAGACCUGAUUGGGCUCAUCUGUUGGCAGUAUACAAGUGAAGGAUGGGAGCCGAAACUCAAACUUUGGAGAUGAUGUUAGACAAAAGGCAAAUCUGAGCAAUUAUCUAUUCAAAAGGGGUUGUAAUGCAGUGGAGACAACUCCCAAAUCAACAAUGCAUUUGGCCAAGGAAUGGCUAAUGAACAAUGCAGUAUUAGUUCAAGAAGUUUUGCAAGGGAGAGGUGAGCCGAGAACCAACUGAGAGCAAUCAUCAAGCUAAUUCUCUUACAACUACGUGAGAAGUUGCCUAAGAACUCAACCAUUCUACAAUUGUUCAUUAUUUGAAGCAUAUUGGAAAGGUGAAAAACCUCUAUAAGGGAGUGCCUCAUGAGCUGACUGAAAAUUUAAAAAAUUGUCAUUUUGAAGUGUCUUCUCUUAUUGUACACAAGAACAAGGGAUCAUUUCUCGAUCAGAUUGUGACAUUUCACAAAAAGUAGAUUUUGUACGACAACCGGCGACGACCAGCUCAGUGGUUGGACAGAGAAGAAGCUCCAAAGCACGUCCCAAAGCCAAACUUGCACCUAAAAAAAGGUCAUGGUCACUAUUUGGUGGUCUGCUGCCAGUCUGAUCUACUACAACUUUCUGGAUUCCGGUGAAACCAUUACAUCUGAGAAGGAUGCUCAGCUAACCGAUGAGAUACACCGAAAACUGCAACACCUGCAGCCAGCAUUGGUAAACAGAAAGGGCCCAAUUCUUCUCCACGACAAUGCCUGACUGCCUGUUGCACAACCAACACUCCAAAAGUUGAACGAAUUGGGCUAUGGAGUUUUGCCACAUCUACCAUAUUCACCUGACCUCUCGCCAACCAACUACCACUUCUUCAAGCAUCUCGACAACUUUUUGUGGGCAAAACACUUCCACAACCAGCAAGAUGCAGAAAAUGCUUUCCAAGAGUUUGUUGAAUCCUGAAGCAUGGCUUCUUUUGCUACAGGAAUAAGCAAACAUUUCUUGCUGGCAAAAAUGCGUUGAUUGUAAUGGCUCCUAUUUUGAUUAAUAAAGAUGUGUUUGAGCUUAGUUAUAAAAAAAAAAAAAAGAAAGAAAGAAAUUAGCAGGCUUAUAAAAUCCCAGGUAAGGAUUUCUUUCAAAGAACUCUGUUAAUAGAAAAUAAAUCUUACAAAAUAAUUUUGCUAAUAUAUAUUGCUACUUGUUUUUACUGCUACCAUUGCAACACUUAGAGCAACUGGAACCAAAAUAAUGUUCGUAAAUAGUUUAAAUAGUUAUUACUUCUGAGGACUUGUUUAAAAGAGUCUCCAAAAUACUUUUGGUUCAUUGAUGUUUAUGAACCAUAUAGUUUAUAUUUUAAUUUUUGUUUUGCUGGUGUUUAGGAACCCAAACAGAAAAUUAUUCUGGAUAUUUUUCUCAAAAUCCUUUUUAAAUAUUUAGUCUCAUUUCCUUAUUCAGAGUAUACUUUUUUCAUUUACUUAUUUUUUUCAUUUCCCCAAUUUGGCCUGCUUUUUGGCCAGGCCUGCCAAUACAGGUUUGGGUCAGGGCAAUUCAGAUGGCCAGGAGACACUGUGGAUGGCCAGUGACAGUCUACUUCUACUUGAAUUAGUCACUGAGCUGAUCGUGUUUCUUUUCUAGGUGGUUUCUUGUCUCCUUUUGCUCAAAACAAAUUGCUUAUCUUCAGAGCAUGGUAAAAUCCGGGGAGAGAGUCUUGUUCUCCCCUAUGGUUGACCCUGGGACAUCUCAUUCUUUCUUUAAUUAAUUUUAAUUUAAGCAAUUACCAAACACCUGCUCUGUGGGUGCCACUCCCUCCCUCUGACACCCCUUCCUUCCAAGGAGUUAUAUACCCUGUAUUGAUUGGAUCAUUGCUAGUCGCUCUCCUACAUUUCCUGCUUUAUCUGUCUGGCAUUCGAUCUGCCCAAUACAUACUGCCCUCACUUUAUAUCCCUUUACCCGCUUGCCCAGUGGUUUUUCUAACAGUCCGGGAAAUCAAACAAAAUGGUGCAUGUUUGUGCAUUUGACCCUGCAACAUGUUUUCCAAGAAGCCUUUGAGUCAUAAAAAUGGGGAAUAAACACACUGGUUUCUCUACUCAUCGCUUGAAUAUCUGUUGCCUUUCUCAUGCCGGUCUCACUUCUGCAGUGACAGUGCUAGACGUUCUAUUUUAAACCCUUUCCAUAGCUACACAUUUUUUAAACACAAUUUUAAUGGAGUCCGUAGAGUGGAGAUUUCUAAUGUUAGCAAAGACUUUCAGUAGAUAAAUCAUUUAUUUCUAUUUUUUCUUAAGCAUGUCUUGCCUUUGUCAUUCAUUAUAAAGAACAUUAAUGUGGAGAUUAAAUGGUUUUCUCUAUUUUUAUCUUCAAACGAUCUCUAUUUGCUGCUUCUGCACAUUGCUAGAUUUAUUCCAGCCUCUUGCAUACACUAGGGUCAUAGUUUAGCUUCAGCUUGGAGCCAAAUGCCCCACAGCUGAAAUGACCGCACCUCUGAAGUGGCAUUUUCCCAGGCCAUUCCUGCCUUUAAUAAGGAGCCAGCCAGGAGGCAAGUUUGUAUCUCAUUACAACAGAGCCUUGUAUUAGGCCUGGUGCUUAAUUAGAUGUGAGGAAUUACAAUUGGUCCUCUCUUUGAAAGCUCUCUCAACACCAUGUCUGCACUUAAGCCAUUACUUUUAUUUUAAUCUAAUGGUUUUGCCUCUCUCUCUCUCUUUCUGUCUUCCAAUUAAAUAAUAUCAA